CGAAACCAUGCGUUUUUACAGUGCCCCUCCCAAUAGUAACCAUGUGACCCCAAAAGAAAUAAUAUCUGUUAAUAAAAUUUUUUAUUUUUUUCUAUACAACAAUAAACAGUAAUAAAACAAAAUACAUAAAUAAUUAAUAUUCAGUAAUUUAAUUGUCUUAAAUACUCAUAUCAGUGAAAAAAAAAAAAAAAAGAAAAGAAAUCAUUACUCAUUGUCAGUCAAUUUUUCCAGAUAUUUUUGUUAUUGUUUUGAUCCCACGUGCUCAGUUAUUCUUUGAAAAAAUAAAAACUUGGUGUUUUCAUACAGUGGCAUUGUGACCAAAUAGAAAAAACAAUUUUUGAUAUUAUUGUGUUUAAAUAUAAAAAUAAAAAAAAUAAAAUAACAUUGAAGAUCACAAUACAAGUGGAAUUUAUUUUUCUAUAAUAUUAUUAAUUAGAUAAAUAAAAAAAAAAAAAAAAAAGGAUUUUUAUAAUUUAAUUUGUGUGACAAAUAAAAUCGUAUUAAAAUUUUUUUUGUUCAAUUUUACAUGAUCUGAAAAAACAAUAUCAAAUUUAUUUAUAAAAGAAAUCUUUUUUAAAUAAUAUAUUAAUUAAAUGACAAAAAAAAAUAAAUAACAUAAUAUUUUCAUGAAAAAUAGUUUUUCUUAUGAAAGCGAAAAAGAAAAAAAAAGAAAAGUGUGUUACUAGUGUGACAAUAUCGAUUACAAAAUGAAUGUAGAGCAAAGCGCAGACUCAAAAUUAUCAAAUCGUCCAAAUUUGCGGGAAUUUGCACGUCGUUUUCUGGGUAACUUUACAUUCAGAGCACGUAAAUAUUCACGUGAUAAUGUUGAUGAGGAGCAACGAAAAAAUAGUAAUACAAAAAAUAGUCCGGCCUACAAUUUUAAUAGUGAUUCACAAUUUUUAACUGAUGAUACUGAUGAAAUGGGUAAUUUACAAAGUGAUGGUAAAAAAAAAGUAAAAAAUAAAAAUAAUCAAAUAACUGGUAGUAUACAAAAUCAACAACCAGAUCGUAAUAAUUAUGAAAAAAUAUACACCCCAGGUAAAAGACAAGCACCCCCACCACCACAACCAAAGUUUAAAUUCACUCCUCAGACACCAGUUACAUUGAAUAAAAGUGUUAAAAAUAUAAAACAGGAUGUUAAAAAUAAUAGGGACAUGCAAGUUGAUGUUACAUCCGGUUUAACAUUCCCAUCAUCAGAAAAUAAAUUAUGUGAAUACAUUGAUGAUUUAAAAAAAAAUAAUGAAUUAUCAUUAAAAAUUGAUAAUAAUAUUUUAACAAAUAAAAAUUCAUUAAAUUCACCGAGUUAUGGAUCAUCAAGUGAUAGUGUAUUUACUGAUGCUGAGGAUAAUGGUAUUAUUGAAACGAUAAUUAUUGAAAAACAACAAUCACCAAUAACACCAUCACGUAUAUUGGAAAAUGAAAAUUCACCAUUUGUAACUCCAAUGUUAUUAAAAACACCUGGAUAUUGUUCUUGUAAUACAAAGAAAUGUCGAAAGGGUCAUUUCACCUUAACGGGACAGAGGAAUAUUGAACUCACAUCCACACCGAGUAAACUUGUUGUACCAGAUUAUACACCUCAACGUCGUCACAGCAGCAGUAUUCAUAAAAAUUUAUUUGAUAACAAAGUGUUACGACGAUUUGCAAGUUUAACACUUGAUAAUUCAACGGAAGAAUCAAUUGGACAUUCAACAUCUCCCAAAACAAUAUCAACAUUAUCACAAAAUUUUAAAGGUCAACAUCUACUGAAUUUACUAUCAUCUGGUAUCCCGGAAAAUGUAAAAAAUCAAUUAACGUAUGCUGAUUUGGUUAAUUUUACAACCGCAUUUUAUGCACAUUUAAAUUCCAUUGGUGUUGUUCAACCAGUUGAUAAAAAACUAGUCAAAGAUUCAACAUUUUCGACUGAUGAACUCUAUUGCUGGACUUGUCCAACAAGUCAAAACAUAAAAAAUGAAAAUCAUAGUAAUGAAGAAAAGAUAUAUACAAAUGAAAAAAUUCAAAAGCUUGAAAUUGAAGUUGAAAGAUUACGUAAAUUAGUUGAUAAACUUGAAAAAUCAAAUAAAGAAAAAGAAGCAAUGCUUGUUACAAAAUUAUCAAGAGCAAGUUCACCAAUAUUAUUUAAUGAUAAAAAUUCAUUGGAUAUAUUUGAUAGAAAUAUAUCAAUGGAACUUGAAAAAUUAAACAAAGAAACUGAAACAGAUUUAUUGCCAAAUAAGUUAUCACGUGCAAGUUCACCAAUUUUAUUUACAACUCAAUAUUCAACAAGUCCAUUAAAUCAAGAUAUUACAGCAGAGAGUGGAAGAUUCACAGCAAGCUUGACAGAUGUAUCAAAGAUGUCAAGUCGUGAAUAUUCAAGCAAUUCAAGUGCAAUGCAAUCAUCAUUUUCACCAAUAUAUAAAUCAAAUGAAUCAAUUGACGAUUCAGUCAGUAGAAUAAUUCAAACAGUUGAACGAUGUCCCAUAAAAAUAGAUAACAAAGAUCAAACAACAAAAAUUGCACGGAAAAAAUUAAAUUUCAAUGAUGAAAAAAUAGAAAUAAAUGAUGAUACAAAUACUAAUGAAAUAGUUGUAGAAUCAGUAACACCAAAUAGUGAUAUUGAAUUAAUCGUACCAAAGAUUGGCAAUGUUGUUGUAUCGUCUGCUGAGACAUCAUUAACUUUACCGAAAAUUUCAGUGACAACUGCAACACCUGAUUCAUCUCCAUUACCUGUUUUAACUUUAUCCAAACCAUCACCUCCACCACCACCUCCAAUGCCUUCUUUGAAUUCUCCCAUAUCAUCACCAAGCAUAAAUUCAAAUAUAACAAUGUCACAAUCUCUCGUGAAUAAUUCAAGUUCGUCAAUACCUCCACCACCUCCACUUCCAAUGAUGGGGAUGACUGGUUCAUCAGUGCCACCACCACCACCACUACCUCCAGUGAUAGGGAUGACUGGUUCAUCACCAUCACCACCUCCUCCACCACCAAUGCUUGGAAUGACUGGUCCACCACCAGCACCACCUAUGCCAGGAAUGAGUGGACCACCACCACCACCUCCUCCUCCGAUGAUUGGAGUUAUUGGUGCAUCACCACCACCACCACCUAUGCCAGGGAUGAGUGGACCACCACCACCACCUCCUCCAUUAAUGAUGGGACAACAAAUACCAUCAAUACCACCAGUACCAAGUGGUCCAGCAGCUUUACCAACACCACCAAUUGGUGGAUGGAAUAAUCCUGCACGUGCACAAAUGCGUAAAAAACCAGUUGAACCAGAAAUACCAAUGAAACCAUUAUUUUGGUCACGUAUAUUAAUACCAAAUACUGAAACAAUAGCAACAAUACCAGCAACAACACCAGAUGCACCACCAAAAUUACCAUUAUGGAUUGAAAUUGAAGAAGAACAAAGUGUUAAUAUUAAAGAAUUUAUUGAUUUAUUUUCACGUCAAGCAAUUGAAAGAAAACCAACAAUUAAAAGAGAAGAAUCAAAAAAACAAAUACAAUUUGCUAAAAUACUUGAUAUAAAUAGAUCUAAAAAUGUUGGUAUAUUAGAAAAAAGUUUACGUGUUGAUUUUACAGAAGUUGAAAAUGCAAUAUAUAAUUUAGAUACAAGUAUUGUUAGUUUAGAGGCACUUAAACAAAUUUAUGAAGUUAUGCCAAGUGCUAAAGAAAUUGAUGAUAUAUUACAACAUGAACGUGAAAAUCCUGAUAUACCACUUGAUAGACCAGAAAUGUUUUUAAAACAAUUAUCAAAUAUAAAAUAUUUGAAUGAAAGAAUUGCAUGUUUAAUGUGUCAAUCAGAAUUUCAAGAUGCAUUAACAACAGUAUCUGGAAAAUUAACAAAUUUACGUACAACAUGUGAUUUUUUAAUGAAUUCAAAAUCAUUAAAAAAAGUUAUGGCAUUGAUAUUAACAUUUGGUAAUUAUAUGAAUGGUGGUAAUCGUGUUAGAGGACAAGCUGAUGGUUUUGGUCUUGAAAUAUUAGAUAAAUUAAAAGAUGUUAAAUCUAAAAAUCCUGGUAUAACAUUAUUACAUUUUUUAGUUAAAACAAUGCUUGAAGAAGAAAGUAUAUUGAGUAGUGAUGAAAUAUUACCAUUACCAAUACCAGAAGUUGGCGAUAUACAAGCUGCUGCUGAUAUUGAUUUUGAUACGUUAUCAAAAGAAUUAGAUCGUUUAGAAAAAGAAUUAAAAACAUGUGAAAUCAAUUAUAAAACUGUUGUUGAUAAUUGUUCACCAGAAAGUGCUUAUAUAUUUAAAGAAAAAAUGAAUAAUUUUAUAAAAACAGCUGGUAAUGAAUGGUUCAAUGAAAAAGAAUAUUUACAAGAAGCUAAAUUAAAAUUUAAAGCUGUUAUGUUAUUUUAUCAAUAUAUUCCAAAAGGUGCUACAAUUGAUACUGCUGAUCCAAAAGAUUUUUUUGGUUUAUGGAUUAAUUUUUGUCGUGAUUUUAAAGAUAUAUGGAAAAGGGAACAACAAAGAAUGAAAAAAGAAAAAAUUAAAACAUUAAGAAGAAAAACACAACAAAUACUUGAAAAUGAAACAACUCAAAUUAAACCCUGUGGAUUAAAGAGUAGAUUGCUCAAAAAAUUAAUAGAAAAAGAUAAAAGAUAAUUUUUUUUUUUAUAAUGCACAAUUAUUAUUAUUAUUAUUAUUAAUUUUUUAAAUCAUUAUUUCAUGUUAAUGUAUUAUUUUUGUAUUAUGAAUAUAUUUAAAAAAACAAAAAAAAAAA